AUGACCACCUCUUUGGUGUUAAAUUCCCACUGGACGGAUACGGUGAUGUUUGUGUACGAAAACAACUUGGAUGAGCUCAACAAGAACAUGGAGGGCUUGGUGGGUGCAGGCAGCUUCGCGAGCAACCAGUGCAGAAACCUGGUAGCUCAUUCGGCCUUGGGAGGUCACCCCUCGAGCCUGGUGCACACCUCGGGCUACUCCGUGGAUGUUUCCGCUUCGGGUUCGGGGGAAGCGGCAAAACAGUGCCCCCCCUGCCAGGCAGUUCCCCAGGCUUCCUCCACGACGCCCCUUCCCUAUGGCUACUUCGGCAACGGCUACUACUCUUGCAGAAUGGGGAGGGGGUCACUGAAGUCUUGCACGCAGUCCAGCGGCCUCUCCAGCUACUCGGCUGCGGAGAAAUACAUGGACACGUCAGUGCCCUCCGACGAAUAUUCGAGCAGACCGAAGGAGUUCGCAUUUUACCAUGGGUAUCCCAGUCCUUACCAGCCGAUGGCGAGCUACCUGGACGUGUCGGUGGUGCAGACGAUCGCGCCGGGAGAAGCUCGCCACGAGACCCUGCUGCCAAUGGACAGCUUUCAGCCGUGGGCGCUGACCAACGGAUGGGGCAGCCAGAUGUACUGCUCCAAGGACCAGAGUCAGGCUGGGCAUUUCUGGAAGUCUGCGCUCACAGACGUGGUGGCCCAGCAGGACGGCGCCUCCUUUCGCCGCGGGAGGAAGAAGCGGAUACCUUACACGAAGGUGCAGCUAAAGGAACUGGAGAGGGAAUAUUCCGCCAACAAAUUCAUCACGAAAGACAAAAGAAGGAAAAUUUCUGCCAUUACGAAUCUCACUGAAAGACAGAUAACAAUCUGGUUUCAAAACAGGAGGGUGAAGGAAAAGAAAUUCGUGGCAAAAGUCAAGAACCCCGCUCCUCCGUAA